AUGCCCGCUCGAACCAGUUGGUUUUUUUUGUCUUUAGCUGUAAAAAAUGCGACAAUUUUUCAGUGAACCGAAAAGAAGCCAGUGAGCGCUCGAAGCAUCUCCGUGACAAUCUGAAACAGAAUACUCCACAACAAUACUUGUCCAAACUGAACCCGACCGGGGCUGAUGACGGAACCGUCGACCGUGUCAAGGAGCGAGCUGUGCUGGCGGACAUCGGACAGGCCUUGAAGAUUCUCCAGUCUCUCGGAUUCGUGUGGCUACUUUGAAAACUCUCACCAUCUGAUCGGCGGUUUUGAAUGUGCGGAUGCCGCUUCUCCGCUGAUAGCCCGGAAGUUGUCGGUGUCGGCAGGUCGCUUUGAACUGAUCGAUACUAGCUGCCGUCCGAUUCCUGGCCUCCAUUCCGACCCAAACCUCUUGUACCUUACCUUCAGACUCAUUGGUGGUGUUGGAUUUGGAGUGAUGCACCAUCUGGCUAUUGUGAUAAUUUCCCAAUACUUGCAUGUGGUCGUAGAAUCGUGUGAAUCCUUGAAGGGCAGACAUAAACUAUUUGAGAAGGUUUAUGAGGUUGUUGAGAAAACCAAGGAGACGGUUCUCAUGCUGUCAAUUCCCAGCAAUUGCUGCCAUCCAAACUUUAAAUCUCAGGACCUGCACAACACCGAAAAUCUUUAGAACGUGAGCAUUUUCUCUCAGGAAACAAUUAUUCACUAAAUUCGUUUCAGCUUUGCAACGGAUCCCGUCGAGACCAUCAACGAAUUGAUAAUGAAAGUUUCAAGUGCUCAUAUCUCUGCAUGA